UGGAAAACGGUGUCUUCAAUUCACAUCUCUCUCCCUCUUUCUCUGUACAUAACAUACGUAUAAGUGUAUAUAUAUUAAAACUAUAUUUCCUCUGUACCCUUCGAUGGUCCUAUGAUCUUUAAUUAAUCUCCAUGGCCGAAAGUAAAGUCUCACGUGUCUUAGGGUUUCUUUUAUGGGUCUCUCUUCUUCUCUUCGUCUCUAAAGGGUUAUUUGUUAGUUUCAGCUCUAUAUCUUCUCCGGUUAUUACCUCAACGCCCUUUUACUACCGGCCGGGAACAAGAGCUUUGGCGACGAAAGAGUUUGACUUCACACCGUUCUUGAAAGAUCUUCAACGGAGUAAUCAUCAUCGGAAAGUAUCUCCCCCAGGAGGAUCAGAGAUCGACCCGAGAUAUGGAGUUGAGAAACGGCUCGUCCCAUCUGGUCCAAACCCUUUGCACCACUGAUUGUCUUCUUAUUUUUUCCUUUUCAUUAUUCUUUUCCUCACAAAGAUAUAGUAAAACACGUAUAUUAAUUACUAGAAGAUUAAGUUAUAGUACGAAAGCUAAUAUUCUUUCUUGGCACGUAUAUGUUCUUGAAUGAUUUAAUUUUUUCUUUCUUUUGUCAUGUGAAGUUUUUUUUAACUAUUUAUGUAAAUGUGUAAUGAUGAAAUUUAGUCAUCUUUAUUUUUUAUUUUAUUUUUGUGGUUUUAUAUUAUAACUGAACAGAUUACAAUCAAUCUGUUGAAUACAAAAAAAGGUGAAAACAUAGAAAUCAUCUAAACUAAGCCCAAACAAGGGAAACUUAAGCCGGCAUGAAACAUACCUCCGGAAACUAGGAUGAGUAGAAGAACAUAAACAAAAGCCAAAACCUAUGGUAAAAGUUUACAAAGGGAAAGAGAAAAGGAUCAAAGAUCAAAAACUGCCCAACUGAAACAGAGCGAAUUCCACUAAGCUUUCCCAAAGAACCUGUUAGCGCCGGAGAGUACCAAGAAGACCGGAA